CAACUCUAGUUUAUUAAACCAACUAAGAAAAAAUCAAUUCUUCAUCUUCCAUAAAAAAAACAUCAAUUUUCCCCAGAUCAUGGCACACUUGGUCUCUUCUCUUCCAACUCUCUGCACUCUUCUACUUCUGUGCUUCAUUUCAGGUGGAACGCUGAAUCUUGUUGAUGGACAGGCACCUGGGCAGGGAGCUUGGUGUAUUGCGAAACCAUCGACUCCAGAUGACACGCUGACAGAAAACUUAGACUACGCAUGCGCUAACAUCGAUUGCAGCAUUACAAAGGAAGGUGGCCCUUGUUUUGAACCUCAAACUCUGAUCAACCACGCUUCGGUAGCUAUGAAUCUGUAUUACCAGAGUCAGGGAAGGCAUACCUGGAACUGUGACUUCAAGACUACUGCUGUGAUAUCAGUCACUGAUCCAAGUUUUGGCACUUGCACGUUCCUGUUCAAUCAGACUGUGAAGACGCGCUAGUUUUGGUUUUCAAGUCUGUCGAUGCAUUCUGCAGUUUGUAAUCACAGACCCGAAAGGUUGCAUCUAUUUUUCUGUAGUAUGAAUUAUGAUAUAUCUGAGAUCAAGAAGUAUUUUGAACAUAUCAAAUUAUCAAAUGUAAUGGGGCAUCACAUAUACCAAAAGAGGUUAUUAUACUUUGGUAAAGUUAUAGUUGCCUAUACAUAAACAAAGCACGAUAUGAAGGUACUGCAAAUAUCAUGCAAGUUCAAUAGUUAAAUGUCAAGUCUUGUU